GCCCAGGGACGGGAGGGGAUAAAGUCUCGUGCCAGGGCCCCAGGGCAGAAGCACACACACCGUGACCAUCUCCAGUCUCUCUGAAGCUGCGGGCCUGUCUGUCUCUGCCAUGUCUCUCUCCCCUUGCCGGGCCCAGAGGGGCUUCAGUGCUCGCUCAGCAUGUUCUGCUUUUUCAGGGGCUCGAGGCAGGGCUGGCUUCAGCAGCAGGAGCCUUAGCUCCUCCAGAAGAUGCAGAGGAAGCUCUUGUGAGAGGGUCUGGGGGGCAGAGGCCAGGCAAGGGGUACGGUUUGGGCGUGGGAGUGGAGGGCCUGGUCUUUCCCAGUGCCCUCCAGGGGGCAUCCAAGCGGUGACAGUCAACCAGAGUCUGCUGACCCCACUGAAGAUUGAGGUUGACCCCCAGUUCCAGGUGGUGAAGACACAGGAGACUCAAGAGAUCAGAACCCUCAACAACCAAUUUGCUUCCUUCAUUGACAAGGUGCGCUUCCUGGAGCAGCAGAACAAGGUGUUGGAGACCAAGUGGGAGCUGCUGCAGCAGCUGCAGGGGAACCACAGCCCUCAGGGCCUGGAGCCCAUCUUUGAAGCCUGCCUGGCUAGGCUCAGGCAACAGCUAGAGGAGCUGCAGAGAGAGCGAGGGGCUCUGGAUUCUGAGCUGAAGACCUACCAGGAUCAGGAGGAUGAGUACAAAUCCAAGUAUGACCAGGAAGCUCACAAGCAUGCCUCGGUGCAGAAUGACUUUGUGGUCCUUAAGAAGGAUGUAGAUGAGGUAUUCCAGAGCAAGAUGGAUUUGGAAGGCAAACUGGAGUCUCUGAGAGAAUACGUCUGCUUCUUGACACGUCUGUAUGAAGAAGAACUGGGGCAACUGCAGACCCAGGCAGAUGACAUGUCUGUGGUGCUGUCCAUGGAUAACAACCGUUGCUUGGACUUCAGUGACAUCAUCGCUGAGGUCCGUGCCCGGUAUGAGGAGAUCACACAGACUAGCAAGGCGGAGGCGGAGGCUGUGUUCCAGACCAAGUACCAGGAACUCCAGGCAUCAGCCCAGCUUCAAGGGGACAGCAUGAAGGAAGUCCGGAUGCAGCUUUCCCAGCUUCGGCAGGCCAUACAGAAGCUGCAGAGUCAGAUUUCAAGCCUCAAGAUGCAGAAUGGUACUCUGCAGUCUGCCAUUGCUGAUGCUGAGCAGCAUGGAGAGAUGGCUCUGAGGGAUGCUCAGGCCAAGUUGGAUGAGCUGGAGGGUGCUCUGAGAACAGCGAAGCAAGACAUGGCCCAAAUGUUGCGUGAAUACCAGGAACUGAUGGGCACAAAGUUGUCCCUGGAUGUGGAGAUUGCCAUGUAUCGAAGACUGCUGGAGAGCGAGGAAUGCAGGAUAUCUAAGGAGUACACCAGCCAGGUCACUGUCUCCACGGCAGAAGGCAGUGUUGUUGUCCCUGGAGGAGUUGGUGGAGGCCAAGUGAUCAUACCUGGAAGAAUUGGAGGAGGCCAAAUGAUUGUACCUGGAAGAAUUGGAGGAGGCCAAAUGAUUGUGCCUGGAAGAAUUGGAGGAGGCCAAAUGAUUGUGCCUGGAAGAAUUGGAGGAGGCCAAGUGGUCAAACCUAGAGGAGACUGUAGAGGCCAAAUGGUCAUGUCUGGAGGAGGUUGUGGAGGCCAAAUGGUCAUUCCUGGAAGAGUCGAUGGAGGCCAAGUGGUCAUUCCUGGAAGAGUUGAUGGAGGCCAAAUGGUUAUUCCUGGAAGAGUUGAUGGAGGCCAAAAAGUCAUUCCUGGAAGAGUUGAUGGAGGCCAAAUGGUCAUUCCUGGAAGAGUUGAUGGAGGCCAAGUGGUCAUUCCUGGAAGAGUUGAUGGAGGCCAAGUUGUCAUUCCUGGAAGAGUUGAUGGAGGCCAAAAAGUCAUUCCUGGAAGAGUUGAUGGAGGCCAAAUGGUCAUUCCUGGAAGAGUCGAUGGAGGCCAAGUGGUCAUUCCUGGAAGAGUUGAUGGAGGCCAAAAAGUCAUUCCUGGAAGAGUUGAUGGAGGCCAAGUGGUCAUUCCUGGAAGAGUUGAUGGAGGCCAAGUGGUCAUUCCUGGAAGAGUUGAUGGAGGCCAAAUGGUCAUUCCUGGAAGAGUCGAUGGAGGCCAAGUGGUCAUUCCUGGAAGAGUUGAUGGAGGCCAAAAAGUCAUUCCUGGAAGAGUUGAUGGAGGCCAAGUUGUCAUUCCUGGAAGAGUUGAUGGAGGCCAAAUGGUUAUUCCUGGAAGAGUUGAUGGAGGCCAAAUGGUCAUUCCUGGAAGAGUUGAUGGAGGCCAAGUGGUCAUUCCUGGAAGAGUUGAUGGAGGCCAAGUGGUCAUUCCUGGAAGAGUUGAUGGAGGCCAAAUGCCUGGAGAAGACUGCAGAGGACAAAUGGUCAAGCCUGGAGGAGUUGAUGGAGGUCAAAAGGUCAUACCUGGAAUUGUUGAUGGAGGCCAAAUGGUCAUGCCUGGAGGAAUUGAUGAAAACCAAGUGGUCAUGCCUGGGGAAGACUGUAGAGGGCAAAUGGUGCCUGGAGGAGUUGAUGAAGGCCAAAUGGUCAUGCCUGGAGGAGAUUAUAGAGGCCAAAUGGUCAUGCCUGGAAGAGAUUGUAGAGGCCAAAUGGUGCCUGGAGAAGAUUGUGGAGGCCAAAUGGUUGUGCCUGGAGGAGAUUGUAGAGGCCAAAUGGUUAUGCCUGGAGGAGAUUAUAGAGGCCAAAUGGUCAUGCCUGGAGAAGAUUGUAGAGGCCAAAUGGUUAUGCCUGGAGGAGAUUGUAGAGGCCAAAUGGUUAUGCCUGGAGGAGAUUGUAGAGGCCAAAUGGUUAUGCCUGGAGGAGAUUGUAGAGGCCAAAUGGUUAUGCCUGGAGGAGAUUGUAGAGGCCAAAUGGUCAUUCCUGGAGGAGAUUGUAGAGGCCAAGUGGUCGUGCCUGGAGGAGAUUGUGGAGGCCAAAUGGUUGUGCCUGGAGGAAUUGGUGAUGGUCAAUUGGGCACUUGUGGACUCAGAGGCAGCUUUGGAUCUAGGGGCUGCUCUAGCAUCGUAACUGGUGGCUUUGAUGUCCCCCAGGGAUCUGGGUGCAGUCCUAGCAUGGGUUCCUGCUCUGUGUCUGGCUCUGGCUUCAGUUCUGGCUCUGGCUCCUGUUGCCGCACCAUCCUGAAGAAGACAGUGGAAUCAAGUCGGAAGACAUCUGUCAUUUACUGAAUGACCAGGCAAUCAUAUCCCUUCUGGACCCAGCAGCCCUGCUCCCAACCCAUCCCCCAUGUCCAAUGUCCACAGCCCAAGGCAACCCAUUGGGCACUGGAGAAAAGUCAAUAAAGUCGGACUGCUUGCUGUUCCAAGUGCUCAGCUGGCAGGCCUUGCUCUGCA